AUGUCAAGGCUUGAAGUUUAUUCUCCAGAGGGACUUAGAUUAGAUGGUCGUCGUUGGAAUGAGCUUCGCCGCUUCCAAUGUUCAAUAAAUACGCACGCAAAUGCGGCUGAUGGUUCUUCUUAUCUCGAACAGGGCAAUAACAAGAUCAUUACUUUGAUCAGUGGCCCACAAGAGCCAAAACUUCGUUCACAAAUGAAUGUGAAUCGCGCAACUUUGGCGAUUACUGUGAAUAUAACAAAGUUCUCUAAAAUGGAAAGGAGCAAGUCAAGCCAUAAGAACGAGAGACGAGUGCUAGAAAUGCAAACGUCCUUAGCGCGUACUUUUGAAAAGAACGUCAUGUUACAUCUAUACCCAAGGACAUCUAUAGACGUCCAAGUCCAUGUUUUACAACAAGAUGGAGGACUUAUGGGUAGCCUGAUUAACGGAAUCACGCUGGCCUUGAUUGAUGCCGGUAUCGCGAUGUAUGAUUAUAUUAGUGGUGUGACAGUAGGGUUGUACGACACAACACCACUUUUGGAUCUGAAUUCAUUGGAAGAAAAUGCUAUGAGUAGCGUUACAUUAGGAGUAGUAGGUAAAUCAGAGAAGCUUUCACUGCUUUUGGUCGAGGAUAAGGUUCCCUUGGAUAGGCUCGAAAGUGUGCUUGCUAUUGGCAUCGCCGGCUCUCACAGGAUAAGAGAACUUAUGGACGAAGAGCUCAGAAAGCACGGAAAGAAAAGACUACAGAAUGCUUCAUCAUAG